AUGACUGCGCCUACCAUUGCCCAUCAUGCAUUCCCGCUCCAUCAUACUCUUGCUUGGCCUCUGGAUGUCUAUAGUGUCGACACCGUCGAGAGAGAAAGAUAUGUCACGCCUACCCAGACGACGCCUGAGACCGAGGUACACCACUUUCCUGUCCUGACCAAGCCGUUCGACACUGGCAUGGGUAUGACUGGUGAAGGAGUGACUCCGCCUGCACAGGAGGAUGUGGUCUCCAACUUUCCCCCACACCUCUUGACCAUCCCGCCGGCCCCAGCUGGCGACAUGCCCGGCCAUCCAAUCUUAGCACUUGGCGAUGGACCUCACCAAAACGGACAGGAACCGAGGGUUUCAGCGGCGCGGACAACAAUCGCAAGGACCAGAUCAUCUGGAGGGAGCAAGUUGGAGCAGUGGUACACCAGUCCCACUGUGACGGACCCAUUCCACCUGAUCAGGCUUGAGCCUCACAACAUCACCUGGCAGGUUCGACGUGAGGUCAACUCCAAGCCCGACCAUCAUGUUGACGAUGGUACAAGUUCGGCAGACCAGUCAUCCGUCCAAGAGGAUACCCAGAGCGACCAUGCUGGAGAUGAUGUGGAGACGCAGCCCACCUCGAAGAUGUCGUUUUGA